GGCGUGUGAAGUGUGCGCCGCUCGGCUGGGCUCCCCGCCCGCUCGCCCGUGUGCGGGUGCUGGGUGCGUGCGGGUGUGCGGGAGCCAAAGUGCCGGUCAGUGAUGGAGCCGCUGCCAUGACAACCCCGGGCAGUCCGCCUGCGCGCCGCCCAGGGAUGCUGCCGGCCAGCCGCGCCGGCGGGGCUGGGAUGCUGCCGCCGCCUCGCCCGCUCCCCCGCGCCCCGGCCGCCCCGCUCUGUGCCUGAGCGGCACCGGGGGGCUCCGGCACCCACCCCGAGCCCCCCGGCUGGGCCGGCCCGGGGGGGCUCCGGACAGCCACUUCGCAAAGCCGAGGAGCAUCGCUGGCUCUGCCUCGCGUCCGGGCGCCGAGGACCUCGCCUGCAGCUCCGCGGGGAAGUUUCGAUCUUGCGACAGAAUCGGCAUUUUGGGGAGCUUUUGGGGUGGUGGUUUUUUUUUUCCGUCUUCUUUUUCCUUUUCCCUCUGUUAUUUACACAAAAGAGCAACAGCCGGCGAACAACCCAACUCCGAGCCCGUUUUGCUCCCCCAGCCUUUUUUUAUGGCCGCCCUCCCUUUCCUGCCAGAGACACUUACGUUUCCUCCUUGGGUUAUAAACUUUUGAUGCCAGAUCUCCGCAGCGCGUGCCCAACUGAAUCUUAAAGUAGCGUCUCGAGCAGCCACACAUCUGUGACCUUCAUCUCUUGCUCUGCACCUUCUCUCCUCCUCUUCCUCCUCCCCCCCGGCCCUCCCGUCCUCCUCCCUCACCCAAGGAUACUGGGGACUCCCUCCGGAUGCCGCUCGGCAGGCUCAGUGCUCGCAGGCUGCCUUGCCGGGGGCUCUCCUGAUCUCCGUGGAGCUCCGCAUCGCUCGCCCCGGUGGUUUUGCUCCCCCCCGUCCCCACACACACGCACCCCCUCCCUCCUCUUCCCCCCCCCCCCCCUUCCCCCCACUUUUCGCUCCUGGUGGCCUUGUUGGGUGUGAUUUUGCCUGUUGGAAAAGUCACUGCUGCGCAGGAUGGGGGUCGGUGGGUGCUUAGCCCUGCCCUGGAGGUGCCUAGUCGUCCUCUGUCUCAGGCUGCUCUUCCUUGUGCCCGCAGGAGUGCCCGUGCGCAGCGGAGAUGCCACCUUCCCCAAAGCUAUGGACAACGUGACUGUGCGGCAAGGGGAGAGUGCCACGCUCAGGUGUACCGUGGAUGACCGGGUCACACGGGUAGCGUGGUUGAACCGCAGCACCAUCCUGUACGCCGGCAAUGACAAGUGGUCUAUAGACAACCGCGUGGUCAUCCUCUCCAACACCAAGACCCAGUACAGCAUCAAGAUACACAAUGUGGAUGUGUACGAUGAGGGCCCCUACACCUGCUCCGUGCAGACAGACAAUCACCCCAAGACUUCCCGCGUCCAUCUCAUCGUGCAAGUUCCCCCCCAGAUUGUUAACAUCUCAUCUGACAUCACCGUGAACGAGGGCAGCAGCGUGACUCUCAUGUGCCUGGCCUUCGGGAGACCGGAGCCCACCGUCACGUGGCGGCACCUCUCUGGGAAAGGGCAGGGCUUUGUAAGCGAGGACGAGUACCUGGAGAUCACAGGCAUCACGCGGGAGCAGUCCGGGGAGUACGAGUGCAGCGCUGUCAACGACGUGGCUGUCCCGGAUGUGCGGAAAGUCAAAGUCACCGUCAACUACCCGCCGUACAUCUCAAACGCCAAGAACACAGGCGCCUCGGUGGGCCAGAAGGGCAUCCUGCAGUGCGAGGCCUCGGCCGUCCCCAUGGCGGAGUUUCAGUGGUUCAAAGAGGACACCAGGUUAGCAAACGGGCUGGAGGGCGUGCGGAUCGAGAGCAAGGGCCGCCUGUCAACGCUGACCUUCUUCAACGUCUCGGAGAAGGACUAUGGCAACUACACGUGCGUGGCCACGAACAAGCUGGGCAACACCAAUGCCAGCAUCAUCCUGUAUGAGCCGGAGCCGCAGGCGGAGAAGAGGCUCCUGGCCAAGCUGCGGCAUCGCUGGAGCACAGGGCCGAGGAGGGGGCCCGGGCCAGGGCCUGGAGCAGUGCACGACGGUGGCAACGCAGCGUCCCGGGCAGCUGCUGGCCUCUGCCUCUGGGCCGCCCUCCUCGCCUGUCUCCUCCUCAACUUUUGAUAAGGGAGCGGAGGGUCCCGGGAGGCCCCGCCGCGCCUCUCCCCCGCCGCGGGCUCGGCCCGCCGCGCCGCCCGGGGACUCCUCUCCGUCGGACGGGCGAUGCGCCGGAGGACGGGCGGCGGCGCCAAGCGUCCGAGGAUGGCUCCGUCUCCCGCGUGCCGGGAUCGUUCUCACCGCCGGUUACGCUGUACAGACCCCACCACGUGCCACCAGACUGUCACCCGCCACCGUCGCCCUGGGGAUGCGGUCCGGCAUGGAUGGGGUUCCCCAUGGCCCCCUCGUCUCCGACGUAGGGGGUGCAGAGUCGUCGGGGCGGGUGCCGCCCAGAGCCGUAGCCGGGGAUGUCCGUCUCGUCGUCUCACUAAGCCACCUAUGCCCAAAAAGACCCCAAGGUUGAAGCCUCCUGGCUCUGCCUUCAGCCCUCUCGGUCCUGAAUGUCAGUUCUCGCCACCAAAGCUCCUCUCUAAGCACCCUGACAUCACCGGCUCCACGUCGCCCAGCCUUGCCUCCAUUCCCAGGCUCUUCCCUCUCCCCAAGGCCACAGUGCAGCCCCACGGGGCCGCCUGACCACGAUGCUCACCCACCCUUUCCGAGGGGGUCGUCUGACACAACCAGUUGUCCUUCAAGGGUCAUCCACCUCCUGCUACUCUUUCUCCCAGAUAACAUCUUACCCCUCUCCCACCUCCCCUUCCUGAGGGCACGAGGCUGCUCUCCUUGGAAUGUGAGCCCUGGGGACCGCUGCCAGCCUUACAGGGACUACAGCCUUCCCACCAUCCUGGCUUGCCAUGUCAGACAGUCAGGCCAUUGCCUCUCCUGUUCGCCCCACUGCUGCUCCCCUAAUGGGGAGGGGGGGCUGCCCUGUGGCUCUCACCCUGAUGCAGUGCCAGCACUUGUCAGGGCGGUUCCUCCAGGCUUGUUUUCCAAGCCCUUUCCAACCUGCACUUCAAAAGCACAGCACCACCAACACUGGGCAGAGAUAGUGAAUGACACAGCAAAACACCAGGUGACAAGGCCCUUUUGCUAUGGAGCUGGCAUCGCACCCAUCUGUGCACACCCGGAGGGGCCAGGACCACGCGCUUCUGGCCUUGACAUCUGCACCUCAGCUGCUCCACACCUCCCCGGUCUGUCUCCCAGUGUGGCCUCCCCCUACCAUUCAGCCAAGCAUCUCUGCUUCUCCAAGGGACAGUAAAAACACAGGAGCCGAUGCUGAGCUGCAGCGUCUGCACUCUGCCUUUCCUCAUGCCCACCACGUGCCCCUGCCUGAGGAAAGCCCAAUGCGUUCAACCCUGUGGAGGAGGCUCGAUCGAUCUGCUGUGCCAGCACGGCAGGGAUGAGGACAGCUCCGACCCCCUAGCUUACUGCUGGCUGAUCCUUCCUGCUGUGCCAUGCCUUGACACCAAAAUGGAUGCGCCCAGACUGCCCUCUGCUUCCUCCAGCCACCCUGGGAGCUUCUGUCCCCUUCCCUGCCACCUGCUGCAGCCGCGUCACCUCCCUGCGUACAGAAUUGCGUGUUCAACAGUGCCCCACACCACGGUCCCCUCGUUCUGUUCAUGGUGACAGCCCCGAGCCUUCCCGACACUCCAUGGCUGUCCAGGAAUGCUUUGGGGCAGUGGUCCAGGCACAGACCCUCCUAUCCUGCUCCCAAAAACUCACAUGCGGUGCCGGACCCUAUGCCUGUGACAGGGAGACUCAACUCUACAGCAACACGCUGAGAAGCACACAAAGCACCCCCCCUGCCCUGGCCCAGCGCUCCCCCAUGCCUUGCACCUCCUUCUCCUUCCAUAAGCAAGGUGGCUUAAGAGCAAUGGCCAUGCACACGCCAUCUUCCCCACGCAAACUCAGCUGCUGCCAAAACCUUGCCCUGCUGUCCCGAGGAAGCUGGGGCUAAUAGUCCUGGGUGCACAAGAAAGAGAGGAAAAAAAACCCAACAACCCAAGCCCACAAUGGGCCACCACCCCACCCUCUCUGCAGCUGUGCCCUCUCCUCAUCCCUGCUCCUGCCAUGCUGCUGGGACUCGUGCCAACUGGCAUGUGCCACAAGGCUGUCACCCAAAAAAAAGCAACAGCUACAAAAUCUCAAUGAACGCUCCUGCCCCCACACUUGGGAUGUUCAACUUGUACCACAGCUGAUGGGCAAAAUCCACGUGGCCCAAGGGAGAAGCCACUCUGGCACUAGCCCGAUGCGCUGGCUUACCUGGUGGGCAGGGAUCUGGCACGGCACCCUGGGCGACUGUGUCCUACGGUCCUGCUUCGCUUCUCCACCAGCAUCCCAGAAAGGUGGCACUGGCAGUGAUCCGGGUCCUACCCCAUGGCCCCAGGCACCUUCGCAGAGCAGGGAUGGUGCUGUCUUCAGCCGGCAUGGUGACACACACAUCCUUUCCCGUCUGCCUGCUCCAAAAGUACCCUUGGGCGCAGGAGAUGCCUUGACCCGCUGCCUUCGCUGGUCUUCACCGCCCUGCAAUGACCCCCCCACCCCUCCCCAUGCCCCUUCCCAGGCCAGCCCCAAAUUUCUCUGUCCCCACAGCAGAAAUGUGAACUAGCCCCAGCUAUACAGGGCCAGAGGCCACGGCAUAUCGGAGAGCAGAGGCAACAACAAGAGGCCACGACGCACGCUGAGGCUGGCGGACCCAGCACCGGGGCCGCCCCCGCCCCAUCCUUCUCCUCCCCGGGUCGGGCCGGCUCCCCUGUCCUUUGCUGGGGCGAUAUUCGACUUUCUCGUGCCAUGUAACGUGCCAUUGUGAGGAACGUGUUGGCUGUCUGAGGCCGGCCCCACCGCGGCUCGCCCGGGCAGCGGAGCCCUUCGCAACCACUGCUCUUUGCGUUUGGAUGCUUGGAGGGGCGACUGGGCACCCAGGGUGGGGGGAGCGUGGCUCCCGGGUCACUCCUGCCGACGGCCGCAACAGCCAGUCUUGAGUUUCCGUCGAUCAUUGUAUUCCAAGGGUGGCUAUACUACCUGAGAUUUGUGCAUGUUACAUUGUAGUUGUAACCUUUUCUAAUUCGGCAAGAAUAAGAGAUGGUUGUGAUUGUGCAGUGUAUCAAUAAAGUUUGACGAACUUUG